AAAUAAUUUUGAAAAACUGCAAAAUUUAAAAAUAAAUUUUUUUAUUUUAUUUUCUACAGAAAAUGAUUGAAAAGAUGAAAUCAGUAUAAAAGUUAGCAUCAAUUUUGAUUUUCAGAAAAAAAAAACAAGAAAGUCAUUAAGUAAAAGGAAUUUCGAAAAUGAACAUCUCGACUUUUGUCAGUCCAUUGGAUACAGUACAAAUUAUUUCAAUUUUCACCUACGUGAAUACAUUGAGUGAUUUUUUAUUUAGUGAAAAAUUUCUCAAUGAAACGGAUCAAUAUAAAUAUAUUCCAAUUGUCAACGCUUUGUAUCAUUAUCUAGACAAGGAAAAUAAUUUGGAUAAUCAUCGAAAAAUUUAUUUGGUAAAAAAAUUAAUAAACAACACAGAUUUAUAUGGAGCUAAAGAAAAUGAAAUUCCCGAUCCUUAUUUUAUUAAUACGCUAAUAAAUCACAUUGUCAAUUCACUAGUAUUCGAUAGAUUCACCAAUGUCUAUGGAUUUAUAGUCGAAACAAUGAAAUACGCAACAAAUGAUUCAUUUUACUAUUUGAUGAGACGUUUAAAAAAAUCGUUAAUUGAUUUAAAAUUUGAAAAUCAAUACGGUGAGGAUUCAAAACUCGAUAUUAAUGCAAUUGAAAAUAUUUUUAGAAACAUCAUUCAACCAUUGUUUCCCUGUCCUAGAAAGCAAACAACAAGAGUUACAUCAAUUGAUUAUAUUUAUGCACAAGCUGGUAAAAUGUUUUUAAAAUCCGGUUCGAUAAAUUCGAAUGAAGAGGAAAAAUUUCAAGAAUAUAUUGAAACUGCUCAUACUAUUGAACAACUUGUAUUGGCAAAAAAAGUGAAUGAGGAAAUUUUAAAAAUUUUUGCCCUACCAGCACUUGUUAACUAUAUGUAUAAUGAAAAAAGUAAUUUAAAAAUGAAAAAUACUGCAAUGAUGAUAAAUAGUGAAAAAUAUUGGCUAGCGGCAUACAAGAGUUUAUUUUCCCGUUUAAAUGAGGCAUUUUUCGAAAUAGAUAAAAUACAAAAUGACGAUUAUCGUUAUCAAUUUUAUUUAGCAUUGUCAAGUAUUAAAAAUCGUACAACGUUGGCUAGAGAGACAAUUAAUAUAAAUUGUCCAGAAUUAAGUAACUUUGAAAUUGAUCAAGAAGUAACGAGAUAUAAAAACGAACCCAGUGAUUAUAGAUGCAACAAUACAACCUUAGAAAAUUUGAAUCUUAAUUUCAAACACCUAAUUGAUAAUAUAUCGAAAAAAUAUUACAAUUACGAAAAGGAAUCAUGUCGUGAGGCUUUUGGUAAAAAUUUCAUCGAUUCAAUAAAUAAAGAAAAUGUUAUUAUAACCAAGGGAUUGAUACACUAUCCAUUUGGUAUUAAUUUUGAAUUUUCCGCACAUCAAUUAGUAAAACCCUCCGAUGAUUUAUUUGAAUUCUAUUAUCCCGAUAAUGAAACAUUUCUCUACUUUGCUUUGAUUCGAAAAGAAUACAAUGUUAUCUUAAUUAAAGAGAGCGAUAAUCCAAUUCUAUUUCGACAAAAAUUAGGAUUGAAUAAUUACGAAACGUUAAAGGAUAAAUAUUUUCCCAUAACAAUGAAGGAAAACGAUGAAGAAUUUGAGAUAUUUUUAUCAAGAAUUGCAAGUCAAAGAUCAAAGCAAUUUGAAGAGAAUUUACAAGCAACGGAAUAUGAUCAAACAAGAAAAGAAUGGUGGAAAGAUUUUGGAUUAUCGCUAAUUCCAUUUUAUUCUUGCAUUAAGGAUAUUGGGGAGAAAAAUUUAUUCCAAGCGGGAUUAUUUUGUUCACUGGAUGUAUUAUUUUUUCUACCAAUUGUUGGUGAAGUUGGUACAAUUGCUGAGAAAAUGACAACAAAUUUAAUGAAAUCAGUGGUUAGUUUGACGGAAACAACAAUGAGGACUGUUACAUUGAGAAAUUCAUUGAGAACUAGUUUGAGAAUAACUGGUAAAAUGUUGAUUCUAGAAAUAAGGGAAUUUUCCCAAUUAUUUACAAGGGGGAUGUUUAGAAGAAUUGGAGUCGCUUCUUUGAGAUUUAUCGAUCCAGGUUUUGAAUUACUAUUUCAUUUGGGGAAGGGAAAUUUGGGAUUAAUAAGAAAAAUGAUUGUACGUUUGGAAACUGUACAUUUGGCAACGUUUACAUCGAUGAAACUAAUGUUGGAUAGAACGUUAAAAGCAAUUAGUGAAUUUCCGAAAAUGAUUUCCAGAAUCUCUGGUAAGGAUAUUUGGGUUAAUUCUCUAAUUACCGCUGAUUCUGGAUAUGGAUAUAAAUUUAUUUACCUAAAAGGUGAGAAGGCGGAAAUUAGGAGAAUUUAUCCCAUGAAAAAAGAAUUUCCAGUUGUUGAACGAAUCCAAAAGGAAGUAAAACUUUACGAGAAGGUCGACAUCGAAACGGAGGAGCUGGUAGGAGAUGGGUUCUUUAAUGAAGAUGAAGGAGUUCUAGUAUCUGAGGAAAGGGUUUUCGAAACAAAAAUCGUUGGCAAUGGUGAGUCAACACUCGAGGGUGGUAAUAUAAUUACCAACGUGAGGCAAAAUCUAAGAAGAAAAUUUAUUCAAGAAGCUAUAAAUUUUGCAGUAAAACGAGGAAAAUCCGAAAUCGAAGUACAAAAAGAACUCAAAAAAUACACAUUCAGAAAAAAGGAAACAGAACUAAAUUUUGUUCAAGAAUGGCUAGCACAUCCGGAAUUAAAAACCCCCCACUGGGCCGAGGAAUUAAGAAUCGAAGAACCGGACCUAUUCUACAAAUUAAAAACAAAAUUAUUUUUAGACUACCCAGAAAUUAGUAUCAAAGAAGCAACACGCAAAAUUCUUCAUCUCUAUCCACGUUCCGAUUAUCCAGAAUUACUCAAUGAAUUAUCGAUUGAAAAAGUAUUGUACGAUUUUAAGGAAAAAGAAGCAUAUAAACAUUGUACAUUUGAGGAUUAUUAUGCAUUGAGAAAUUACGGUGCAAGUGGAUAUAAAAAAAUGGGUAGCAAUUGUCACGAGGCAAGAAGAAUGAAAAAUGCAAUUUAUAGAUUAGCAAUUCGUCAAUCGGAGGAAUUAACUGAAGAAUGUGUGGGAAAAUUAUUCCGUGGGGAAAAAAGAAUUACAGAAUCAAUUGAGAAGGAUUUUUACCCCAAUAGAGAAACAAUUGAAUUACAAAGAUUUACAUCAACUUCGACAGAUAUUAAUACAGCGGAUAUUUAUUCAGAAACACUAAAUCCAUCAUUUAUGAAAGUAAUGUAUACAAUUAAUUUUAAUGAACCAUAUUUAAGAGCAAGGGUCGAACAUUUAUUUGUUCUCAAUGAGAGGGAAACAAUUUUACUACCAGGUACUGAAUUAAAAAUUAAUAAAAUCACAAGAGGUGUUCGGGAAAAAUCAUUUGGAGCGCAAAAAUUUAUGAAUAUCGAAUUGAGCCUUGUCAAGUCAUCGAUUGUUGAAAGUCAACAGCGAAUAAUGAGGCAAAUUAAAAAAUUAAUGGAAACUGAUACUGUAUUUUAUGCAGAUUAGGAAUACACUUUUUAUCAAUUGUUGAUUUUGAAACUAGAAAACUAUUUUUUUUUUUAAUUAAAUUUAUUUGAUAUGCAUAAGAUAAGAAUUUAUUCACAUGACUGAACAAUUAAAUAUUAACAUAAUUUUUCAAUAAAAUAAAAUUAACAAAAAAAAUUUUAUUCCACAGGCUUUAUAAAGGAUUUAUUAUAUACCAUUGUAGAUUUUGUAAGUGAUUAAUUUUUGUAUCGUGACAGCUACUGUGGUUUUUCAUAAUUGAGAAUCGACUUAUGAAUACCAAUAAAAAUUAAGGAAAAGAUAUUUACAAAUGGAAGCAAACUAUAAUUUUUUGGAUAUUGUUCAAACGGUAUCAAUUUUCAACUAUCUAGAUACAUUGAGCAAUAUUUUAUUUAAAGAAAAAUAUUUAAAUCAAAAUGAUAAACUAAAAUCAAUACCAAUUGUCAAUGCUGUAUUUCAUUAUUUAGACAUUAAUCAAACACAAAAAAUUUUCGAUAGAAAAACGUAUUUAAUUAAAGAAAUUCUAAAAGACAGUGAUCUCUAUGGUGGCAAAGAAAAUGAGAAAAUUGAUGAAAAUUUUGUUGACGCAUUUUUUAGACAAAUAAUAAUUUCACUAGUUUUUGAAAAAUAUACAAUUUAUGGAUUUUUGGCCGAAAUUGUUCGGAAUAAUAAUAAUAAUAAUAAUAAUAAUAAUAUGACAGUAAAUAAUUUAUACGAAAAAAUAGAAUUAACCCUUUUAGAAAUAAAAAUUGAAAAUAGUUCCACAAAAUUGAGUUCGUUGACAAUUAAUAAAAUUCUAAAUUAUAUUAUUUUACCCCUUUUACCUAAACCAAAGUCAGAUAUGCAUAUAAUGUCAUUGGAUUAUAUUUACGCUCAAGCUGGUUCAGUUUUUCUUUAUUCGAGUGAAAUU